UACAAACACUAUAAACUCGUUUUAUUUUAGAGCUAAACUUUAACCACGGAAAAACACUUUAAACUUGAACAUUUCAUUUCAAUUCAAUCUCAUUUUCAAAAUCCACUACUAACAAAAACAUUACAACCAUCUUUCUCUCUUUUUUCUCUCUCCUCCUAAACUAACACCAGAGAGGUCGACUAUGGCUUCUUCUUCGGAAGAACAGCAACAACAACAACCACAAUCUCAAGAACAACAACAAUCUUCAGAUGAAACUGCUUCUGAAAGUGUUCUUCACAAAACGAAGACAAUCAAUUUCUUCGGUCGUUCUACUCCUAUUAUUCUUCAAAACGACAAUGGACCUUGUCCUCUCAUCGCUAUCUGUAAUGUACUUCUGUUGAGGAAUGAAUUGAAUUUGAGUGCUGAUGUAAGUGAAGUUUCACAGGAGAAGCUACUUUCAUUAGUUGCUGAGAGAUUGCUGGAUUCAGACAGCAAUAACAAUAAUAAAGAUGCAGGUUAUGUUGAAAACCAACAACAAAAUAUUUCUGAUGCGAUAAACUUGCUGCCAUGGCUUACAACUGGCAUUGAUGUAAAUGUCAAAUUCGAUAGGAUUGAUGCUUUUGAGUUUACUCCAGAGUGUGCAAUAUUUGAUCUUCUGGGUAUCCCAUUAUAUCAUGGUUGGUUAGUUGAUCCUCAGGAUCAUGAGACUGCUGAAGCAAUUGAAUCAAAAUCUUAUAACACUCUUAUGGGGGAUCUUGUUGCCUUGGAAACAUGGAAAAUGGAGAAUGUGGGCAAGGAUAAAUCUGAUGAAGACUGCAUUGAUUUUGCGGCUGCAACUACUGCAGCCUUGGGUGUUCCUUCACCUAGCCUUUCAAGGGCUAAAUCUUUUGACGAGUCUCCACGCUCUGCUUCUGAUCAACAAAUAUUUGGGAAAGGAGAUGCUGAGGAAGAGGCACAGCUGUUAGAAGUGUUGAAAUUAUCGAAGGCUGAUCUACCUUCUAAUAUAGAAGCAGUCCCUGCAGGAGAUGUAAUAAUAUCUUUUGAUGAGAAUGUGCAUAUGUCCAAGUCACCUAUGAAUUCUGCUCAUGUAUCUGAAGGACAUAGCACCAGUGGACUAUUAGAUGUAGAGCCUUCUGUAUCAGGCAGUGAUGAUGUGCAUGGUCAUUUUGACAGAAAAUUACUUUCAUCUGAAGAGCAGGCUCUUUUACUUUCCUUCACUAAUGAUAGUGAAAAAGAUCAUGACCAAUUAUUUCCUGCUCCACUUGGAGAAGUUUCCUUGUCAAAUGAUUUGGCAGAAUGCAAGAUUGACACAGCGAUUCUCAGUGACCCUGCUCCAGCAAAAGAUACAGUAAAUGAUCAAAAAGCUGAAAGCUUGUCUACUCCUGUAAUUGAUGUCAGUGAGGGGUUGCAUAAACUAUCUUUAGAACAAACUUCUAGUCAGAUUGCAGGUCAUGCUGGUUAUGAGCCAUCUAGUGGCUCAAUGCCCAGCAUUGAAGCAGUUGAAUCCUUUACGCCGAGUCUUGAUGGAAGUGAACCUAUAUAUGAAGGGGAGGAGUGUAUACUGGAUCCAGGAAAAACACUCUGUGAAGAUCACGAACCUGUCUAUGAAGGUGAGGUGGUUUUGGCUGAACAGGCUGACAAUGGAGUUAAAGAUGCCUCUGAUGUGAGUCCCAAGCAUGGAAUAUCACUUAGACAGGGGGAACUUAUUGACAACUUCUUGAAAGGCAAUGCCAGCCAGUUGACUUUUUAUGGCUUAUUUUGCUUGCAAGCAGGUCUCGAUGACCAUAAGCUUUGUGUUUUUUUCCGAAAUAAUCACUUCAGCACAAUGUUUAAGCUGGAUGGUGAACUCUAUCUUUUAGCCACAGAUCAAGGAUACAUGAAUCAGCCUGACUUAGUAUGGGAAAAGUUGAAUGAGAUCAAUGGAGAUACACUAUUCAUGACUAGUAAUUUCAAGGAAUUUAGGCUGGAAAGCAGUUCAAAUGGUACAUGGGAUCAGCAGAAUGCUGUAGCUAAUACUGCUGACUAUCUGGCUAGCAUUGAUAAUUCAAAAACGAAUGACUCAAAUAUGAAUUCCGAUCUACAAUUGGCAAUCGCUUUGCAACAGCAGGAGUUUGAGCAGCAGCAGCAGCAGCGGAAUCCUCCACAACAAGCUUCUAGUGCUGGCGGUUCUAGGCUCAUAACAGGUCCCCAGGUUCCCCGAAGUAGUGCAAAAGCAACAUCGUCAUCAUCGACCCCGAGACAAGAUCAAAAAUCAAAAGAUAAAUCCAAUUGUAAAAUUAUGUGACAUUUUUUGGUGGGGAGUUUGUCAAAUUGUAAGUGUAAAUUUUGUGUCUCUAACUUGUUUUAUAGCAGUACAUCUGAUGUAUCCAUUCAAAAUCCCCUCCUGAUUGGUUUUGCAUCUUGAUUUUAUGCUUUUGGGCUGUAAAUAAUGAUGGUAUAAUAUUGCCAUAGGCCUUGCAAUGCGAAUUCCUCCUUUUUGUUUUCCUCUC